AAAUGGCAGAAGUAGGAGCGCGGCUGGCAAGUGCGUUUAGUUUCACGUAAAAUAUUCAGGAAAAUCGUCCCGGAUUGUUCUCAACUUCGAAAAGCUGUGUCGAUCGAUGUAAGAUGAGGGCAAAAUGUUGUGCAAAAUCGCCCAAACACUUUAAGUUGGGCGUCUGAAAAAUAAGUGAGAAAAAGUGAAAAGUGCAGUGGAACGUCGGUGGUUGUGUGGAGGCAGGUUUCAUAAAUGGCCAAUUAAACUCUUCCAGAAUCUGCGUUAGUUUUCUUUAAUGUUUUAUCAUUUAUCGAAUCGCUCAUCGAAGUUCUCGGUGCUUUGGGAGUGAGGUGUAGUGUUGGGGUUGCGUUGGGCGCAAGGCGGAGUCUCCCCUUUUCUGCUAGCGACGACGACGACGACGAGGAAGUGCAAGUGCACGGCGAAGUGAAAGUGUGACGUCGAAAAAGUGUGUUUUCCUGUGUGCACGCGCCCUCGGUGUGUACGGAAUUGAUAUCAUUUUUCCCGUGAAAAUUCGUUCACAAGUGGUAUCGACGGUCCCAGCCUCAACCCUAAGAGCACGAGCGUCCCACGGUUGGAAAAUCCUCUUUGCCUCCAGAGCUGCGCUGCCGUCCUGCUGUUGCUGCUGCUGCAGCAGCUGACCUCGAUGCUUGAGGAACGUCCGGAACGUAAGGUACAAUUCAACGAAAGACGCUCUCGUGCAGCAAGGACAUUGGAAUCUAACACUCAAGUACAACUGCUACGCUAAGCUCAACUGUGACCCAGUGUCCAAUAGAUAGAAGGAGCAAAGGGAGAAAGAAAAAGUACAAAUGUCUACCAUAAUCCGUCACUGCGAAUACCGUUCCCUCUGCUACUGCCGCCGUCUGUCGUUUCGCCCAGGAACUGUAGCAUCGAGAGCAUUGUAGUGAACUCUUUAGUGAACUCACACGAUCGUCCGAUCGCCCGAGAUAAGACAGACAGGUUGUGGAGAUUUGCUCUGGGCGAUUGUGGCGAAGUUUAAAAAACACACACACAACCCAACCACUGCCCAACGUGCCCGGCCUACAAGUGAUCCGAUAUCGUAAAAACGGCGACGACAGUGAAAUAUAAUCUAGCCGAAGAUGGUCCAAGAAACGAACCGAAAAAGUGAUGGUGGAGCGAUGACAGCGAGCGUGACACAGCGCGGAACGAAUAAUUCGGCCGGUGGACCGGUGCUAGUGCGACCGACAUCACUGUUACCGCCCGAGAAAGAACCCGUCAACUUCCAGAUCAAUCUGAUCGGUGCACCGCCGGAGGUAGAGCAGCUGAUUGAGCAUAUCAAGGCAGUGGCCGAGCAGUUCCUAUACCACUGGAAAACAUUUCCAAUCAAUCUUCCAACACCCCUAUCUACAAGCCCCGGUGGUGGUGUCGGUAAUGGUGGCAAUGCCGCGGGUCAAGGGACAACUCUGAUGACCGCAACCGGUGGAGGAGGAGGAGGAGGAGGAAGCAAUGUCAACCUACACAGUGCUGUCUCCAUCGGUGGCAGUGUUGCCGGUAAUCGGAAGUCACGCGCAAUCAACUUGCGUGAUCUGUUCAUUGCACCGCCCUUCGACGAGCUGGACGCGGUCGCUGCAGAUGGUACCGGUGAACCGCGGUUGCUUACUAGCGCACAGUUACGAUCUUUGCGCGAGCGUGGUGAAUUCGAAGUCCCGAGUCUGAAUUUCCCUGGCCAGGUGCACCGCUGGCGUCUGUCGCAGUUCCUGCAAAAGGGAUCCGAGCGUACGCGUGACUCGCUGCUCAGUGAUUUGGCGCUGUCCGCUCGCUUCAUCGUCAUUACUGCCAAAGGGCGCCUGACUGGCCACUUUUUCUCUGUAGCACACGCGUUUCGUGCAUUGCUGCAGGGUUUGAUCAAGCUGGUCGACAUGAUCGUUGGUGUACCGUCGCUACUAGCGCAAAAUUUAGAUAAUAAAAUAAAAGAGGAACGUUGUCGAUUCUUGGUAGCUGAAUUAGUUUGUAGAAGCGAGUAUGAAGACUGUCUCGAUUCGUUGUGCGGUUAUGUUCGCCAUCAAUUGCGCCGUGCGACGAUGGAAAAGUUUGACGUUAAUUGCAACCAAGCACAACCGAUUCCGUAUCUGUAUGUGACUCCCAAGGGACAGGAUAUCGAUCUGCGAUUGUUCUCGAAGGACACGAUGCGCCGUGCACUCCCAAUACUGGUGGGCAUCCUAGAGAAGGAAACCCGGGGUUGGUUCCUGCAUUUUCGCGAGCGAUUGAUUACGGAACUGCGCGAACGGAAGAUGUCGGACGCCGAAAUCGAGGAGGAAGUGAACGAUGCAGUGAUGAAAGAGUAUCUUCAACGCGUGUAUACGUCCAUCCUGUCUAACACCGAUCUGAUCGAACUGGGUGAAAACAUUCCGCAGCUACUAGUACAACAGGCACAGUCCGUGGUGAUAAUGCACAAAGCGGUAGAUAAGAUUCAGAAAGAGCUCAAGAAAUCACGCGAAGAAAUGGAGAAAACGUUGCAGGAACAGCAUCCAGUGCUUUCGCGAGUGUUUCCGUGGCUAAGAGCUAAGCUAAACUCCGGUGAACAGACGAAGCUAUCCAAGAUUACCUGGGGUGCUCAUGAGGAGGCACUACGUGCGGCCCAGAAGCACAAUCUACACCAAACCGUGUACUUUCUCAAUCGUGAUCUAGCAUUUAUGAAAGAACGUGAACCGGUGCUGCUGAAAGAGCUGAAAAAUGCCAAAACCCCGACGCGCAACUUUCAAUGGGCUUGUCGCAUUUGGUCGCCGAAAUCGUGGCUGAUACGACGCAGCUUUCAGGGUCACUCGGAGGUGAUACCGACCGUGAUCUGCCAACAGGCUACAUCGAUCGUUACCCCCCGUUCCGACCCUAGCCAGCCAGUGUUUCUAGUGGAGAAGGAGCUGAUUCGUUCGACCAGUACCCGUUGGCCAAUGUGGCGUUUGCUGAACUUAUUCCAGCGCACCUGGACCUGGACCUGGAACAUAAUGUUUUUGCUCGGUGUGAUCGUACCAUGGGGCAGCCCGCUUGGGCUUCGUGCACUGUUCUGCGUGAAACCGUUCAUGGCUGAUCUGGAACUGUCGCAGGUAAACGGAACGCUGUUCCCGCGUAAAACCAGCAUCACACAGACGAUGACGUCCCGGCUGGUGGAGUUAUGGCGUCACAUCUCUAAGGCACGAACACACUUUGAAACCGAACCGGACACUGGGUUCAUCGGGAAGGGCAUGACGCGGCAUCUCAACCGGCUGUACAACUACUUCAUAAAGGGCUUUCUCGGGUCGCUGGCGAUACUGAUUCUGUUCCCGUUGCUUUGCCUAGCGGUGAGUGCGUCCAGCAUUGCCCUAGCCAUUACUGCUCCACUCUGGAUGCCAUUCAUCACGGUGAUGCUCCACCUAUACAUGAUGCUAUUUUACGAUCUCGAUUGUCCCGACGAGAGCCGACGAAACCGCUACUGUAUUCUGCUUGAAGCUGUUGGCUGGAACAUAGCGAUACAAGGGUUAGUACAGCCGCUGGCUGCACUAGCCGUUGCCUCGGUGCUCUGUCCGGCGAUUGCGGUGCUCGUGUUUUUCGUCGGUAUCGUACGAUACUGGAUGAGGCUGUUUUGGGAUGCGGCGGCGUUUCAUAUGUUCAUUAAAAAAUGUGGCCGCGUACCGGCUAGCGACAGCUUUGCCGUACGUCGCAUUGCCGGUCCGGGACUGGCAUUGGAUUAUUACUUUUCGAUCAAACCGGAGCAAGCGUUGGCUGCGUUUGAAGCGAAGAUGGAACUUGACGAACUACAGGUAAUGCUGGGGGGAGAUAUGUCUCUCUUUCUCCCUCGCUAUCGCUCCAUAUCGCUGUCAUUAAUAUACGUCUACGAUUUACAGGCCUAUCAGCACUCAAUGGAAACGAUCAUCUGUCAACCACAGAAGGAUUUUAGCCAGUUUGUGGAAGCUUGCUUCGGACCAUUUUCGGCUCAGCUAUCCAAAUCCGUUGGACCCUAUCGGCAGCUGGAACGUGAGGGUCAGGAUUUGAUGGCUUCGCUACACGAAAAGUUGGAGAAACGACGCCGUGAUCUACAAACUGGUUUGACGACGGCCGUGAAGUCACGCAUUAAACUCAACACGAUGGAGCUGAAGAUUGUAAUACAACAGUCGGCGUACAUGCUGGAAAAGUUUUACCCCUCGCACGUGAUCGCUCGAUUGUCGAUCAGCGAGGAAGAGUUCUGGGACGCGAAGGGUCUUUCGGUUGGUGAUUGGGCAGGGCUGGCUGGUAUGCUGUAUGCAGAUAUCUUCAGUCUUGACUUUCUGACGCCCCUUAGCGAUACCGAUACGCAGUUCAAGCUGGAACCGCACGCUCAACUCGAUCUUUCACGAUACACGGAGAUGGUACAAAACACGAGCGACAUUAUGGGUAUCAAUGGGCCGGAUCUGCUUGGUAAUGUGUACGCACCACGCGGCAAUAUUCAAGUGCAUUCACCAUACCUUGAGGUGUCGGCCUUCAACCCGCGGUCCCGCGUUAUGAUAAAUUCUCGGCGAGCGGAAAAGCGAAAUGAUACAUCCUCGUCCGGUUUAACCACGCCACGUGUACGAGCCCGCCGUUCACCCAUUCCUUCACCUAAGCAGAAAACACAAAGCUGGAAACCGUGGAAGCGGAAACAGCAGCCGAAGCACGCGGCAGACAAAAUGCUCAUCCCGCUGCCGAUUCCGCACCCGGUGCACAUUGCCAUAUCAAUCUACAAUCGCGACUCGGAUCAACCGAUACCGAUCGAGUCCGAUUUAUGCUGGGAAAUAUUGCGCUCGAUCGAAGACUGCCAGGGGGACCAGGAGGCAAUCGUGCGCUUCCGGGAACUAGGUGAUCGAGUAGAUGGUCAUCAUCACCAUCACGGUCGCUCGGUCGGUCUCAGUGUGGACGGGUUGGCAGCCAUCGAUAGCAGUAUCGAUUCGCUCGAUUCGCAAAACUCGUCCAACUCGGGCACCAAGGAUAGUAUGGAUAUGAUGGCUGGAGCAACAGAAACACUACCGUGUACCAACCGUGAGGUGACGAUUGUCAUGCCCUCAACUAUCCUGGGCGAAGGUGCAAACGAUGGCAGCACAGAUGGGGCGAUGCAUGGUGGUACCACUACCACAACAACAACGGCUACCAUCGUAAUGAUGCCAUCCAAUAACGGUACCGGAAGCGUUACGACAACGGUCACUGCAACGGCCGCUAAUGGUGCCACAACACCUUCGUCUGGUACGGCAGGCCCCACACACUUUCACUGGACGCUCCGGAACUGGGGCAAUGGUGGUGGUGGCGGUUCGGGUCAGACAGCGUCCAAUCGACGGCGCAACACUAGCUAUACUUACAGCAGUACGACGACCAGCGGAGGUGCCGGGAACCUGAACAGUGGUAGCGCCACUAACUCAGCCAACGAUAGUCAGCUGGAUCAAAUUCGAGUCGAUUUGGCUAGCCCGGAAGAUAUUUCGCUCGAUACCGACAGCUCGCGAGCUAUGUUCACAGCCGCUUACGGGACAACGGUAUGAACUAUGCCUGCAGCAGUGCAUGAAAGCCAGGGAAACAGUCUGGAUAAACGAUAA